CGCCGCGUCGACCUCUUCUUCGACCGCGUGGGCCUGCGGGUCCGCGCGAGCGGCAAGGUCGUGCUCCGGGACGUGUCCGGGUCGGUGGUAUCGGGGUCCGUGACGGCGAUCAUGGGCCCGUCGGGCGCGGGCAAGACGACGCUCAUGUCCGUGCUCGCGGACCGCGCGGGCGGCUACGGCGUGACGACGGGCGACAUCGCCGUGCACGUCGGCGGCGAGCGCCACGCGGGCGGCGGGCUAGGCCGCCUGUCGAGCUUGGUGGCCUUUGUGCCCCAGGACGACGUCAUGCUCCCGGAGCUCACCGUGCGCCAGACGCUGACGUUCUACGCGGCGAUCAAGGCCGACCGCCCCCUGUCGUCGGCGGAGAUCGACCAGCGCGUCGCGGACGUGCUGCGCAUCGUGCAACUCGCCCGGUCGACGCACGACGUCGUCAUCGGCGACGCGGAGCGGCGCGGCAUCUCCGGCGGCCAGAAGAAGCGCGUCAACGUCGCCAUGGAGAUCGUGUCGAACCCGUCGCUGCUCUUCCUCGACGAGCCGACGAGCGGGCUCGACUCGGCGACGUCCGCGCACGUCGUCGGCGCGCUGCUCGAACUGGCGCGCCGCGGCGUCAACGUCGUCGUCGUGCUCCACCAGCCGUCCUUCGCGCUCUUCUCGUCGUUCACGCACAUCGUGCUCCUGGGCGUGGGCGGGCGCAUGGUCUACCACGGCCCGCCGGCGGCCGCGGAGCCCUACUUCCGGUCGCUCGGCUACGCGCUCCCCGAGUUCUCGAACCCGGCGGACUACUACAUGGAGAUCCUCAGCGGCCUG